UGUCGCCAUGUCGCGACUUAUCGUCAAGAAUCUGCCGAGCGGGAUGAAGGAGGAGCGAUUCCGGCAGCUUUUUGCAGCCUUCGGCACCCUGACCGACUGCAGCCUCAAAUUCACCAAGGAUGGCAAGUUCCGCAAGUUCGGCUUCAUUGGUUUCAAGAGUGAAGAGGAGGCGCAGAAUGCCCUGGACCACUUUCAUCGGAGCUUCAUUGACACUUCUCGGGUCACGGUGGAGUUCUGCAAGUCAUUUGGAGAUCCCUCUAAGCCCCGAGCCUGGAGCAAACACUCCCAAAAAGCCACCCAGCCAGGGACACCUGAAAAAAGUCCUGCGGUUUCUGAAACUCAGAAGGAUAAAAAGAAAAAAAAGCUAACAGGAGAAUUGGAAAAGCUGAAGAAAGACGCCGAGUUCCAGGAAUUCCUGAUGGUUCAUCAGAAGCGGACCCAGGCGGCCACGUGGGCCAACGACACCGUGGGGGUGGAGCCCAAGAAAGGGAAGGUCAAGAAGGACGACGACUACCUGAACUUUGAUUCUGACUCGGGGCAAGAGAGCGAAGAGGACGGAGAGGAUGAAGACUCUGAAAAGGCGAGCUCUGGGGCCAAGGCCGCGGAGCAGAAGGAGCUUUCCGACAUGGACUACUUGAAAUCCAAGGCGGUGAGAGCGGAUUCCUCCGAGGAGGAGGAGAGUGAAGAUGAAGAAGCGUGUGAGGAGGAAGAGGAGCCUCUGACGCCGGGCUCUGGGCGCCCCGGGGACGGGGGGUCUGGCCCAGAAGAGGAGCGCGCCACGGCUUGGGGCAAGAGGCCCCCAGCAUCCAAGGGAGAGGUGACGAAGCCAGCCGCCCAGUCGGAGCCCACCACGGCUUACACAGUGAAGCUGCGCGGAGCGCCAUUUAAUGUCACGGAGGUCAGCGUUGUCUCGCGUUGUGGCAGAAAUGCUUUGUGGGCCUUGCUCGGGGCCCUUGCCAUGGACUGGGUGAAGUUGGGAGAGGGAGCAUGAGGGGGGAGCCCCCUGCCGGUUGGGAAGCCCAGAAUGUGCUUGG